UUAUCCCAAAACAGCAUUGAAGCUACCGUAAGCUUUAGCGACAAAGUAAUCAACCCAAGCAGAAAAAUGUCCAAGCUUGGAACCUCUCUAUUGGUGCCUUCAGUCCAGGAGCUUGCAAAGCAACACAUGAUUGAACUUCCAGAGCAAUAUCUUCGUCCAAAUCAAGAUCCUAUUAAUGUUGCACCUAAUUCAACCUCUUCACCACAAGUCCCAGUCAUCGACCUCAAUAAAUUGUUAUCUGAAGAUGCAACUGAGCUACAGAAGCUACACUCUGCAUGUAAAGAAUGGGGUUUCUUCCAGCUGAUUAAUCAUGGAGUCAAGCCUUCGUUGGUGGAAAAUGUGAAGAUAGGUGUUCAAGACUUCUUUAGUCUUCCAAUGGAAGAGAAGAAGAAAUUUUGGCAAACUCCAGAAGAUAUAGAGGGGUUUGGCCAAGCGUUUGUUGUAUCUGAGGAUCAAAAGUUAGAUUGGGCAGAUUUAUUCUUCAUCAAUACUCUUCCAUCAGAUGCAAGGAAUCCUCGCUUGUUUCCAAACAUCCCUCAACCACUCAGAGAUAAUGUAGAGAGCUAUAGUUUAGAAAUGGGAAAACUUUGCGUGACAAUCAUUAAUCAUAUGGCUAAAGCUCUUGAGAUCCAACCAAAUGAAGUGUUAAAGCUAUUUGAUGGUGUAUCUCAAUCCAUAAGGUGGAAUUACUACCCCCCAUGUCCCCAACCUGAAAAUGUGAUUGGAAUAAAUCCUCAUUCUGAUGCUGGUGCCUUAACCAUUCUUCUCCAAGCCAAUGAAACAGAGGGCCUCCAAAUCAGAAAAGAUGGAAAUUGGAUUCCUAUUACACCUCUCUCCAAUGCUUUUAUCAUCAAUGUUGGAGACAUCUUGGAGAUAUUGACCAAUGGGAUUUAUCAAAGUGUUGAACAUCGAGCAACAAUCAACUCAGAGAAAGAGAGGAUUUCCAUUGCCACAUUUAACAGGCCUCUUAUGAACAAAGUUAUUGGUCCAAUAUCAAGCCUUGUAACUCCUGAAAGGCCAGCAUUGUUCAAAAGUGUAGUUGUGGAAGAUUACUAUAAAGUGUUCUUUUCACGCCAGCUACAAGGGAAAUCAUUGCUUGAUCUUAUGAGGAUUGAAAAUGAGAUUAGUAAAUGAUAAAUUUGCUAGUACUAUGUGGAUGGAAAUAUGAAAUAUGUAUACUUUGAAAAUAGUUACACCAUAUGUGGUGGUGGGUAGCUAAUGUAUAAUAAUUUAACGGUGUUGUUUACUAUUUAAUACUUGUUUAAGGCUCAA